AUGCUAGCUGUUAACCAUUUAUAAAUUUUUUGUCUUCUGUUGAAUAAAUCCCAUACAAAAUAGGAAAGAAAAACUAUUGUUUACAUAUACUAUAAUAGAGAGGGGGAAUUCGAGUUGAACCCACACCAUUUUUAUGAGUAAAAUUCAAAUUUUAAACAAUUUGCAUUGAAGAUUUUGAUUAAAAACUAUUUUGCGAAAUUGGAGUUGUGGUUUAGAAAUACAAUAUAUGUUUGUUGA